CAGAUUAUACACAUGAAAUAAACUUUUGCCAAUGGUCACACCCUGCUGCUGUAUUUCACACUUUCAGCCGUUUGUUCCUAGUUGAGCAGCUUUAUAUUUUUAUUAUUAUUAAAGUGCCCUUUCACGUUAGAUUUAUAAAUAUAUCACAAUGUCUCACACUGGUGUGACUACUACAACAACAACAACAUCAACAUCGGAUGGAGGAUUUUGCAACAUCGGUUAUGCGCGUUCAUUUCAAGGAUUACUGAAAAUCGGCCAAGUGGUGAUCCUCCUGAUUGCCUUCCUAUGUGUGCACUGUGAGCAGCGAUGGACCAGUUACUCUGCAUUUCGGUACUUUGAGGUGGUCACUGCCUGGUUCCUCAUCAUCUUCCUUUUCUUCUUCUUGAUGUACGUGAUGAGACUUCAAAGCAAAAUCACAUGCAUUAACUGGACAUUGACGGAGUUUUUACAUUAUGCUGUGGGAGGUAUCCUGGUCUUUAUUGCCUCUAUAGUUGCGGCUGUGAAGAGUCAUGGGAUCUCAGCUUUGGUUGCUGGAUCUGUGUUUGGUUUUACGGCUACUUUUCUUAUUGCAAUCAGCAUAUGGACCUCAUAUAAGGUCACUUGUGGCUCUCAACCAACUGGUGAGUCUGCUUUUACCAUUACAUAAUUUGUGAAAUAUAAACUAUGUUUUAAAUACAUCAUAAAUAAAAGCUAAUUGUGAAAUAUAAAAGAUCCUUUUCAUGUGCUGGAGGGAAGAAAUUAUAAAAAUAAUGUUGAAGUAAGCUGAACACUAGAUUGACAGAACAGAUCUGUUGAAUUUGCUCAGUUUCAUUGCAUAUUUUUAAUAGUUUCCUACUUACAUUCUCUUAAAGGUGCCGCAGUGUAAAGUGAUGGAAGACGGCGUCUUAUCAGCAGGAUGUAGCUAGGAAAAUUUGUAGUUUGUUCUACAGUAGUUAUACACCGAUCAGCCACAACAUUAAAACCACCUGCCUAGUAUUGUAGGUCCCCCUCUUGCUGCCAAAACAGCACCAACCCGCAUGAUAUUCUUCUCGCCAUGAUUGUACAGAGCGGUUAUCUGAGUUACCGUAGACUUUGUCAGUUCGACCCAGUCUGGCCAUUCUCUGAUGACAUCUCUCAUCAACAAGGCAUUUCCAUCCACAGAACUGCUGCUCACUGGAUGUUUUUUGUUUUUGGCACCAUUCGGACUGUUGUGUGUGAAAAUCCCUUGAGAUCAGCAGUUACAGAAAUACUCAAACCAGCCCAUCUGGUACCAACAAUCAUCCAUGCAAUUAUCUUGUCAGUCAAUCAUGUGGCAGCAGUGCAGUGCAUAAAAUCAUGCAGAUACGGGUCAGGAGUGUAGGGGAUUACAGCUUGGGCCCGUAGACCAGUAGGCUUGGAAUGAAGACCAGGAGUCGAGGUGUCAAUCAAAUUAGUUGAAUUUUACUGAAGAGAGUUGUUUGCAAAAUCAAAUGGCAGAAGUCAGCAGUACGAAAGCCUCUGAUUUUGAAGACAGGAGAAUCAUAAACUGUGGACGGAAAUGCCUUAUUGAUGAGAGAGGUCAACAGAGAAUGGCCAGACUGGUUCGAACUGAAAAAGACUAUGGUAACUCAGAUAACCGCUCUGUACAAUUGUGGUGAGAAGAAUAUCAUCUCAGAAUGCUAUUCUGAGAUGUGGGUUGGCGCUGUUUUGGCGGCACGAGGGGGACCUACACAAUAUUAGGCAGGUGGUUUUAAUGUUGUGGCUGAUUGAUGUAUGAUGGGUACUUUAAGGACCUGAAAGAGACUAUGUUGUAGAUGCUGUAUUCAAGAUCUCUUCAUCAAAACUUUAAUGCCUUAAUAAAUCUAAUUGUCUCUCAUCUCAUCCUGCUCAGAGGCUGGGACCAAACUUUGAAUUUGGCUGUCAGACUAGGUUUAUUUGAAGAGUGAAUCUUUGGUAUAUUUAUCUCACAUGUCUGUAGCUAAACAGGGCCAUUUAUACACAGGAAUGUUUACAUUAUUUAUUUGACAACAUAUCAUGUGGUGGUGAUUUGAUUCAAUGCCUGCAAUGUUCAUUUAGUAUUGAUGCAGUUUCACAGUGUUAUAACAAGAGUUGAAGUGUAUUUUUGCUUUUCACAGUAUGUAUUUAUUAUUCUAAUAUGUACCAGUACUGUAAAGUUUAAAGAAUGUAUUUUUGGCUUUCUGAGUGCAAUUCACUUUGUUUUGUACACUGCACUAUAAAAAGUCUUUACUUUUACUUUA